AUGUCUUUUGGACUCACCAAUGUGCUCGAAACAUUCAUGGAUCUUAUGAAUAGGGUAUUGGGUGAGUAUCUAGACAAAUUCGUGAUCGUGUUUAUAGACGAUAUACUAUUAUACUCGCGAAACCAGGAAGAGCAUGACAAGCACCUGAAGCUGAUUUUACAACGAUUACGAGAAAAAAAGUUGUAUGCCAAAUUAUCCAAGUGCGAAUUUUGGAUGAAUCAAGUAAGUUUCCUAGGGCACGUGGUGUCAGGAGAUGGAAUUGCAGUUGAUCCAGCUAAAAUCAAAGCGGUGAAGAAAUGGAAGGUCCCGAAGAACGCACAAGAAGUUUGCAGUUUCUUGGGCUUGGCAGGGUAUUAUAGGCGCUUUGUGGAAAGCUUUUCCAAAAUAGUGACGCCUAUGACCGCACUAACCCAAAAGAAUGUCAAAUUUGAGUGGACGGAUAGGUGUAAACAGAGUUUUCAAGAGCUAAAGACCAGAUUAACGACUUCUCCUGUACUCACCAUUCCAAAGGGUACCGAGAUAUGCUUUUUAUAG